AUGUCUGAUGGAUUUGCAGAGACGAGCCUAGGGUAUGCUGCCAUAGAGCGCGCGCAGGGGCUGACAGUGAACAACUUCGACAACGUCACUGUCGAGGUCCACUUCCACGCCCAGUCUGUCUCCGAAAUUGGCGACCCAUCGUACCUUACUGCCAAGAGUCUCUAUGAUGUUUUGGACUACAUCAACCUGCAUUUCAAUCGCUGGGGCUUCUACUUCCGUAUGAAGGGCUUUGACCACACUGUCGAUGCCAUCUCCGCCAAUGCUACGGAACCUCUGUUCGACUCUUACAACCUCAAGGCGUCCACAUAUGUGGGCACGGUCAACACCUUGAACAUUUGGACCUUCACACAAUUUUAUCCCGGAGUAGCUGGCACAACGGACAACAUUGGCAUCUUCAUGCAUUACGAAGCGUUGCCACCCCUGAACGCUGGAUCGACCCUCGUCCACGAGAUCGGCCACUGGCUGGGCCUCGGCCACACCUUCAACACGGGCCACGGCGACGGUCCCGAAGAAUGCGACUACCCCGACGCCGACAGUGUCGAUGAUACCCCCAUCCAUCGCCAGCCAAUGACUCUGAAUAUGGAUGACGAGUACUUCAACUGCAAACCCAUCGACUCGUGCCCAGGACAACCGGGGAUGGAUCCGAUCAACAACUUCAUGAACUAUAACUGGCCAAAGUGCGCCACUGAGUUCACGGAGGGGCAAGCCGUGAGGAUGCACAACUUCUGGAAGGACUUUGCGAAUAUCAAACGGGGGCAGGGAAACCCGUUCGCGUAG